AUUAAGCAAUAACCCCACAAGUAUAAAAUACUCUAUUGUUGAUAGAGACACGGCGGUUUGAUUUCUUCUACUUCCACUUCUGGGAAACCAAACACAGUUUUGAAAGCUUCAGCCGAGCCUUGUUUUGGUGCGUAAACAAGGAAAUAUGACAAAGUUUUGAACUUUGCAGAGAGGGAGAGAGAGAGAUAGAGGGAUAUAUUUAUGUGCAGUUAGAUAUAAUUAUAUAGUGAUUUAGAGAGAGAGAGGAAGGAAAUCUUGAUUUGGAGUAACAAAUGAUGGCUGGAAACCCUAAUUGGUGGAGCAUGAAUGGCAUGCAUCCACAGCUUUCUUCUCAGCUCAUCUAUGGCGCCUCCAACUCCCCCAACCCUUCUCCUCCCGAUCUCCACCACCCCAGCCCGGAUUUUCCGGUUAGGUCGUGGAGCCAGCUGCUUCUGGGCGGCGAAGGGGAGAGAUACGGCGCAGGUCUAUUUCAGCAGCAAAAGAAGAUUGAGAACUGGGAAGAGCAAGUGUUGAAUUUGAACCCAUCUUUCACAAGAAAUAAUAUUCCUGUUGGCGAUGUGAAGCAAGAGUCCACACACAUGAAUUACACACAUGUAGACGAUGAAGAACAAUUUCACCCUUGGCCACGUCAGCAACUUGCAGCCUCCUGCGUCACCACCUUGACCAACAACACUGUCUUCAACUUCUCCGCCGCCGCCGCACAAAGUAAGAAUCAACACCACAAUCAGGACCAUUCAUCUGAGUGUAACAGCACGAGUACAGGUGGGGUAUCAAAGAAGGCUAGGGUUCAACAGUCCUCAGCCCAACCAGCUUUGAAGGUGAGAAAGGAGAAGUUAGGGGAUAGAAUAACAGCUCUUCACCAACUUGUUUCUCCAUUUGGGAAGACUGACACUGCUUCUGUCUUGUCAGAAGCCAUUGGCUACAUUAGAUUCCUUCAGGGUCAAAUUGAGGCCCUGAGCUCUCCAUACAUGCGCAAUGCAGCAGGAAACACACAUCACCAACAUUCUGUAAAUAAGUUCAAGAGAGGAAUUGUUUGUUUCCCGAAGAGCCUUCUCAGUUCUUGAAUGAUAUUUCCAUGGAAGGAAGAGGAGCUUCUAAUCAGGUAACCUCAUCACACUAUUCAUUUUUUUUUCUUUUUUUUAGGUGAAAAUUAAUCACAUAUAAGUAGCUAAUAACUUGUAAAUUUGUCAGUUCGAUAAUAAAUAAUAAUAAAAAUUUGUUUACUACUAAUAUUCUUUUGGUUGAUAAAUGGUGAUGGAAAUUAAUUAAUGGUAGCUAGUCUGGUAACACUUUAAUUUCAGAUGCAAUGAAUGCAUGACUAAAGAUGUCAAAAGUAGACGAAACUAAAUUUUCAAAGAGAUCAUAAAAGGCAGUUUUAAAACUAACAAUUUGCUGGGUAAUUAAUCAUAUGGGGAAUUAAUGGGAAAAUUAUGGAUAAUUCCAUUAGGAUAUAUUUUGGUACUUAAAGAUUGUCUAAAUUUAUGGUUUUCUUUGCAAAAAAGUUUCAAUUCGGAGGAAAUUCAAGGAGUUAAGUUCAUUAUCAUAACGGGAAAUUGUAGAACAAAAUAAAAGAAUAAUUGACACGCAUGCUGUUAUGAUGGAUGACUAAAUUAAUUUCCAUAUGCAUGCAUGCAUAAUUUUUGUUACAUUUCAUGGCUUGUAUGUAUAAUGCAAAUGCGAUAUGGUAUUAAUCAAUUGAUAGGAAACUUCAAAAAUGAAUGAAAGAGUAAAUACAUAAAGUAGUGUAAUCGAAAUGGUCACUGAAACAUCGAGACUGGUGUUGAUAUUUGUUAAUAACAAUUAAGCAAUAAAAACAACACACAUUAUGCCAUAGUAUAUAACGUUAAAUAUUAAAGUGAAAAUGUGAUAAUAAUUUCUGUUAAUCAGCAUAUUGUGUAUGCGUAUGCACGUGGAUGUGGAAAAUAAUAAUAGAUAUUAUAGUAAUUAUUUAUUUUGUUGAAAAACAAAAAAAAUGUUCAGGAUUCACAAGUGAAAGAUUUGAGGAGUAGAGGUCUUUGCUUAGUUCCGAUUUCAUGCACUCAACAUGUGGGGAACGAGAAUGGUGCCGAUUACUGGGCUCCGGCAGCAUUCGGCGGCGGCUUUUGAUUUUCCGGCCACCGUCUGCUGUAACAUCAGAAGCAGUCAUUCUCCAAGAACUAAGGCUGACUGCUUAUGAUGCUACGGCGCCUAAACCUAGCUCUAUGUUUAUAUUAUGUGCAUGUAUAAUUAAUAGGGGCAGCAAAAUUGAUUAAAUAUAUUGUUGAUGUAAUUAACCUAAAUAAUCUGCUAUUAUAUUUAUAUGCAUGCAUGUUGCUUAA